GUUAUAUGAUAAUUGGUAGUGUUGGUUUCAAACACUCUAUAUUUGGACAGGCAAUGUUUGUUGGUACUUGUAGGUUGUCUAUGAAUUGAUUAUUCUAAUAAAAACAUCACAGCUUGUUAAAUCUGUGUAGAUUAAUUAGACAUGACUGCAUGAGCUUAUUUUUGAUAAUACUGCCGACCAACCCUUAGCACUAACAUUUUUUUCGUUUUUGGCCGACUUAGCACUAACAUGAUUAGUUUCAAAUCUGUGUCUGAUUUUUGUGGACAGGCAUGCUUGUUCCUGUAUUUUUUGCACGUGUAUGUUUGGGUUUUGGUAGGUAGGACUGACCCUGUUUGAGCCCUAAACCAAGGAGAAUGUGCUAAAAUCGCGUGUGUGGAAAGGGCAUCAAAUGGGUGGUGUGAAAGUGAAACAUCUAUUCAAUUAAGCGAGGUGUGUGCUUUUACUUUAUAUAUCUAUAUUUUGAAAAUCAUGAAAGGGGAGGCUUUUAUGGUGGUCCUGGAGUGGUCUGUUGCAUUCUUUUUAGUCUUUAAUCCUAUUGAUCCUUCCUGGGACAAAGACAUCAACCAAUGCAAAGAAUUACAUUGCUCAAGAUUCAAGAAAGGAACAUCUCGGGCUCAAAAUUUUCCAAUGAGAAGGGAACUCCAUCUACUCAUUACUGCCUCCUGAGGAGGCAGCAUUGUGUGAUGAGUAAUUCUGGGAUGCUUUUCUGCAUCUGACGUGCUUGAGGACUGGCCAUGCUCUUCAUCUUUCUGUAUGCAGAUCAAACAUCUAUGUAUCAGAACCAGACCCAACAGGCCAAGGCAGCUUCUUCUUUGGGCUGAGGCAAAUCCUAGAUUUAAGUCUUUAUCUUUAGGCCCAUGUUAUGGUUACUGCCAAUUUCCAAACAAAAAAAAUUGAGGAAACAAAUCAGUUGGAUGAGGGAACCGGGGUCCAUUAGGUCAACAAAAAGUUGUGGAUUUC